AAACGACUUGUAGCUUUUCAUCAGAUAAAGCAACACCUGAAGGAGAAAAAGUGCUACACUUUGUGUUUCACACUCCACUCUUUUGGAUAAGCAGUGAUUGUACUUUUGGUGGAAAACAGUGACCCUUUUUAACCCCUUUUAUAAAAAAAUACAAAUUGGGUACAAUGGCUCGAUCAGCAUCUGGAAUUGAACUCAUUAUUCUCUACACAAUUUUCUGCAUUCUUCUGCCUAUGCAUCUAGCUACGGCAGCUGAUGCCGACAUUGAGGAGUCGAAGCCAAGACGAUCUGGAAAUAUGGGUCUCUUUCCUUUCCCAAGAGUUGGCAGAUCCGAUCCUGAAAUGAUUGCCUACGACGCAAUGAUUAAUUCAUUAGAAGACUACGACAUACCAAAAUACGAGAUGAAACGCCAAGGUUUGAUCCCAUUCCCACGAGUAGGGCGAUCCAGGACUGGUACAUUGUGGUCAAAAGUUGCCAGGGAAGAAUAUGGUAAACGGACAGGAGGUGUUGGAGCAAAUGGUGGACUUUGGUUUGGACCACGUCUGGGACGAAUUCAGAAACGUAGUCCCGAACAUGACGACACAAUCCAAGUAAAGAGCCGCCAUGAUAUUUAUACACCUCGACUGGGACGUGAAAGCGAUGAGCUAGAGAGCACAGAAUACUACGAACUACUACCCUUUCAACCGAAUUUAAAGAGCUUCAGUUAAGUUGAUUAAUUACCAAAAGAAAACCUCUUCUCACUGUAUAAAUAAAAAGAAAACACUUUAAUGAAUUUAUUUCUGACAAUGAGAUCUUAAAUCAUCAAGGCUGGUGAAAAUUUCUUUGAAAAAAAAAAAGAAGUUUUUAUAAAAAAAGAUUUAAAGUCUUAUUGCGAUGGAUUAGCAAAUCAGACAUUUUUUUGUAAUUCUAAUUGUAUAUGGAAUGUUUAAAAGUUAUUGAAACUUAUUAUUGUAUUGAUGAAGUUCUUACUUAUUGUGCUGAAGAGUUGCAAUAAACGUAUUAAUUCUGCAUCAAAACUAAUAUUUGUUAACUAUGUAUAAAAUAUGUAUAUUGGCAAAUAAAUGCAAAAAUGCAUAAGA